UUUGUAAUUCUUCAUAGAAUACAUGUUUCUCAAACUAAAAUUUGAUAUCACAAAGGCCAACGUCAAAUAACUUUUAAUUUUAUAAAGCUGAAUAGAUAUGCACGUACUAUGCACAGUAUGCGGCCUUUAGUUGAACCUGGGAAAGAGUCUUCCGUGUUAGUUCACAUUGCAUUCAGGUGUCAAUUAUGCUUUUUACAAUACAGUAAUAACAUAUUAGAGAAUAAAAAAAAGUCGUCCUAUCUAAAUGACGAUACAUGCAAAUACGCAUCAAAACAAGAUAUAUAAUCAGAUAUAAAAUAGAAAACCAACACGUUUUUCAAGAUUUGCUUUUUCUUAUAAAUCUACUGUUACAUGUUGCACUUUGAGUGACAAUUGUAGGUUUGAAAUGUACCAUUGUCUUAUCUUAGCAAAAAAAUUCAAAGCAGCAUGUAGGAAGGAAUAUUCAGUAAGAACAAUACUUCUUUAACGGUAACCACAGCAACGCUUUUCGGUUGUUUCUGUAUGUAUUCUAAUGAGAGUUUUUCAAAGAAGAAUUUUUUGAUCUUUUCAUCCUUUUGUUUGAAUAUUUUUACUUGAAUAUUUGUUUGAAUAAUGAUUUGAAAAAUAUUCAAAAAAGAAGUUUGAAUUCAAGUAACUCAUGGUUUAGGUCUUUCUUUUCUUCUGGUGUCGCACAGAAAGAGGAAGAGAGAAUUUCUGAGAGAAAGAGGGUCUAUUGGUUCAGUUAUCAAUUAGCAAACCUAUAGUGCGUAUUGACAACUGUACCAGUUAGAUUGCGAAAUGUUUACAACCCCUGUACAGGAGAUGAGUUAAAUGUUUGCUUUGGCUGCCCUUUUAUAAAUUUCACAAGUUUGCUAAUUGCUGAUUAGUAUUAUUGAUGAAUAAUGGAUCGAGCCACCAGCAAAUCGUUACAGGUUGGAAAUAACCCACGUAAAUGAUAAUCAUACUGGUACGCAACCGUCAAGGUAAGUAGGUUUCAGCUUCGAUACGAUGCAAUCCCAGGUUCAAGUGUUUAUAUCAACUUCACUCAAGAAGCAUAUUGCUUGUAUGUUUUCACGUUGAGCACGUUCGCGUUUUUAAGUUACAGAUGCAGGGUGUGAAAAUCGUUGUUACGACAACUAUAAGAUAUUUCAAUAUGAGUUACUUUGAGGCUGGAAAUAGCUUUGUUACUCGUAGAUCACGAUCCAAGUUCUCUAAUGUUUUUAAACAGGUUUAGUUUAAAUAGUAGUAGUAUUUUGUAGUAAAUAAUAAUGAUGGUCACAUUUUUGGUAAAGCUAAAUCUAUCUUUCAAUAACUCAUUCAUACACAAGGCUUUGUAUCUGGUAUAGAUCGCUGGUUUAGUGUUUUUAGAUAUAUUCUCCCUCGUAUUCCUGUACCCAUUGAAUCGAGAUUUGCAACUAUCGAGGUUUUAUCCUUUUAAUCCCGUAAAAUCUUCACUAAUCGAGCUUUCAAUCCUAAUAAUUCCGCAUAAUCUAAUUAAGCAUUUAAGCUCUGUUUCGAUACCAGCUUGUAUUUGCUAUACAUCAAUUUCUAUAGCUCAGUCUGUUCAGAAAAUCAUAUUGAAGCAUUUUGAUAUAUCAGCAUUGUGCAUUAAGAAGAUUUGUGAGAAAAUAGGUUUUCCGUACUGUAUAAAAUAGCACGAUUGCACAAAAAGACAAGACUAUUGAACACUUUGACCAAAGGACCAAAAGCCGAAACGGGAAGUUAAGAUAACAAAGAAUGAAGAAUUGUUAAAGUAUUGCAAGUGAAAGAAGCGCGAUCGUUGUGUUAGAAAGGAGAUACGACGCAGCCAAAUGAAUGUUGCAGAGCACAGAACUUGAUCGUUUGCGAAGCACGUAAGGAUUCAAGAAGAAGGUAACUUCACAUCCAAGGUUGUACGAGUGACGUUGUAGACAUGACAGAAAAUGGUACACAAUGCCUGUUUCUGACUAUUAGUGAUGUGAGUGGAUAUCCAUCUGUGAAAUUCACUGCCAUAGCAACAACUGUGAUUGGGAGCAUAUCAUCCAUCGGGUCGAUUUUGGGAAACGCUCUUGUUCUGUUCGUGCUGUUUAAACAUGAACGCUUGAGGACACCAUCGAACGUCUUGCUUGGCAGUCUGUGUUUGACGGAUUUUCUCACUGGCUUUAUCGUUGUUCCAACAAUCUCCGUUAGGCGCAUCACCGAGGCAUACGGCAGUGGAAUAUGCAUCAUACGAAUUGUAUGUGCUUAUUUCUCAUACCUGACCGUGAUUGUGUCAGUAGUGACAAUUGGUUUGAUAAGCAUCGACCGGUAUUAUGCAAUCAUGAUGCCAUUUAGUUAUGAAAGAAAUGUUACUGCAAGAAAAUAUUUUGCUUUUCUCACUUUAGUUUGGUUGAUACUUGCAGUGCACUCUUCUUUGCCAUUUCUCCAGAUCCUAAGUGGUACAACUUUUUUCAAAAUAGCCUUCAGCCUAAUGGGCGUGACCAUCAUCAUGUUCGCAGCUUUGUAUACCAGGAUUUCGAAAGUAGUGAAGCGUCAUCGGAGCAAGAUUUAUCCAAGACCAAGCAGUUAUCGUGCUAGCGAAUUACAACAACAAGACGGAACUGCAGCUACAUUGGGUGGAGAAUCGGGCAACCAUCGGAAUUCGGAGCGUAAGAGAACCAAUACCAUUGCCAUUAUUCUAGCAACUUCCGUCAUUUGUUACGGUCCACUUGCUAUGAUUUUCGUGCUUCGUGGAAUCCAAGGGGAUACUUUUGAACUAAUAUAUAUUGCAGAUCCAUGGGCUGAUCUCAUCUUAUACUUGAACAGCAGCAUAAACCCGGUUAUCUACUGCUUCCGAGCCAGGGAUAUUAACGAAGCAGUGCUGGGAGCUCUUCCAAACAAAGCGAGAAGACUGUUCAAUAGAACGAUUAGUAUUUGAC